AAUCGCGAGAAUCCGCGUGAACGAACGCGUAGCGGCACUUGCGUGGUGUGGAGCUGUGCGCUAGCUAAACUACUUUGCCACUUUGCGUAUAGAAUAUUCUCAGCUUUAUUCGUUUACACUGACUGUACCCACAGCUUGCCGCCACCAUGAGUAUACUCGCCAAAAUAGCUGAGAUUGAAAAUGAGAUGGCCAGGACACAGAGGAACAAGGCCACAGCUCACCACUUGGGUCUGCUCAAAGCACGUCUGGCCAAACUGAGAAGGGAACUCAUCACACCAAAAGGAGGCAGUGGUGGUGGAACCGGGGAAGGAUUUGAUGUAGCUAAAACGGGCGAUGCUCGCGUUGGCUUUGUUGGAUUUCCUUCAGUUGGAAAGUCUACACUGCUAAGUAACCUGGCAGGUGUGUAUUCUGAGGUUGCCGCCUACGAAUUUACUACGCUUACCACAGUUCCUGGAGUGAUUCGCUACAAAGGUGCCAAAAUUCAGCUGCUGGAUCUCCCAGGAAUUAUUGAGGGGGCCAAGGAUGGCAAGGGCAGGGGCAGGCAAGUCAUUGCAGUGGCUCGAACCUGCAACCUAAUCCUGAUAGUCCUUGAUGUGCUGAAGCCUCUUGGUCAUAAGAAACUAAUAGAACAUGAACUGGAAGGCUUCGGUAUCCGACUAAACAAGCAACCACCUAACAUUGGCUUCAAGAAGAAAGACAAAGGAGGCAUCAACUUUACAGCUACAUGUGCACAAAGUGAGCUUGAUGCUGAAACGGUUAAGAGUAUCCUUUCGGAGUACAAGAUCCACAACGCCGACAUCACUUUGCGCAGUGACUCUACAGCUGAUGACCUCAUUGAUGUGGUGGAGGGAAAUCGGGUCUACAUCCCGUGCAUUUAUGUGCUCAACAAAAUUGAUCAGAUCUCCAUCGAGGAGCUUGACAUUAUCUAUAAGGUACCCCACUGUGUACCCAUCUCUGCCCACCACCGCUGGAACUUUGAUGACCUGCUGGAGAAGAUGUGGGACUAUCUAAAGCUUGUUCGCAUCUACACAAAACCCAAGGGCCAACUUCCUGAUUACACAUCUCCUGUUGUACUUCCUGAUGAACGAACCGCAGUUGAGGAUUUCUGCUUAAAGAUUCAUAAAAACCUCAUCAAAGAAUUCAAGUAUGCUCUUGUGUGGGGAUCAUCUGUGAAACAUAAUCCUCAGAAGGUGGGAAAGGACCAUGUGAUGGAGGAUGAAGAUGUUAUCCAGCUGGUGAAAAAGUAAAAGGAGCCUUAAUUGACUGCAUGACCUGAGUAUCACAAGAUAUUUUUUACAGUUGCUCAGUAAAUUAUGAAGUAAUGUCAGAGCUUCUGUGUUGUGGUUUUCAGUUUUUGCUCUAAUUAAAAAAAUAUGAAUCCAAGUGUCACAUUUUAAAGUCUGUACAGUACGAACACCAUGAAUAGUUCAUAUUGAAUGUUGGUUAAGGCUUGCAAUAAAAUCUAAACCAAAAAUGAAAAA